AUGACAGAUACUUUCAAAAUUCCAUCUAUUCCAGUAGAGGAACCAAAAUCAGACGAUGUUGAAACAUUAUCAUCAUCCGAAAAUAAUGAAACUUCUCAUACACCAUUUGUUAAACCAGAACUGCCACCUUCUGAUUUUUCAACGCCAAUUCGUCACAAAAAUUUACAAUAUAAUAUACCUGAAUCAUCAUCUAUACCACCAAUAGAAUAUACACUUGAAGUAUUACGCAAUGGUUCAAUUAUUGAUUAUGUACCACUUUCUCAUCGGCCAUAUACUGUUUUUGGUCGUUCACCUGAUAGUGAUGUUGUACUUGAACAUCCAACUAUUUCACGUUAUCAUGCUAUUGUACAAUAUAAAUCUGAAUUUGAACAUGGUCAAUCACCUGGUCUUUAUCUAUAUGAUUGUGGUAGUACUCACGGAACAUUUAUUAAUAAAAAACGUCUUGAACCAAAAAUUUAUGUACGAAUAAAAAUCGGUUAUAUCAUUAAAUUUGGACAAUCAACAAGACUUUAUCUUGUACAAGGUGAUUCAACAGCUGAAGCAGAUAAUAUUAAUACUUCUACUGGUGAUGAUAUUACACAUGAACAAAUGAAACAAUUUCAUGCUAAACGAGCUAAAAUGCUUGCUGCUGUACGUGCAAAACGAGAAAAUGCUGCCAAUGAAGCCGGUGAUACUAAUGUGGAAAUGGAUUGGGGUAUGGGUGCAGAAGUCGAUGAAUCUGCUCCUACAACUGAUCUAACUCCUAUACAAACUAUUCAAGAAGCUGAUAAGAUCCAAAUUGACGAAGAAAAUAAAAAACGAGUAGCUAUUGAAGAACUUAAAAAUCGAAUGGCAUAUCAACAAGCCAAAAAUGACAAAGAAGUACUUAAAGAAAUUAUGACACGAGUUGAUGACCCUUCAGAAGAUGAUAAUAGCGAAGCAAAAAAAGAACCUUUUUAUCUUAAAGAUCCAAAACGUACAUUAACUGCAUUUUUUGAACGUGAAGGUGCUGAACUUGUUUAUGAUGUUGAAGAUCAUCAAUUUGGUUCUUAUAGUUGUACAAUUAAAUUACCUAUUGUUGAUGAAUAUGGACGUUCUGUACAAGCUGAAUGUGAAAAGAAACACUGUAAACGUAAAGAAAUUAUUCAAGAAUGUAUACUUGAAGCUUGUCGUAUACUUGAUGAUCAAGGUGUUUUACGUGAAGGUACAGCUGCAUCAUCAUUAUAUACACCACGUGUACAACAAAUUAAACGACAAUUACUUGAAGAAAAUGAUUUUUAUGAAGAAGAUGAAGAUACAUUUUAUGAUCGUACAGGUGAUUUAGAAAAAAAACGUCUUAAACGUAUGGAAUGGUCUGGUCAUUUAACUAAUGAGAAACAAGUUGAAACAUUUGAUUCACUUUGUUUAAAAUUAACAAAUCUUUAUAAAGAACAAGUUGAUCUUGAACUGAAAUUAGAAACAGCUAAGCAAAUGGAAGAAAAUGCUGCAAAAAAUGCCUCGAAAACUGACAAAGAUGUUGAUGAAGUUGAUAUAUAUAUUCGUCAACUAAAACAAGGUGAAAAACUAAAUAUGAAGGUAAAAUGGCAAUGGAGAAAACGUUUAUUAGAAAUUGAAAAUGAAGAAAGACAACAUGCUAAAUUACUUAAAGUAUGUAAACCAAGAGAAUUCAAUAUACAAACAUGGAGAGAAAACAUACGAGAAGAAGCUAAACAAAAUUUAACUGCUAAACAAUUACCUAUUGUACAACCGUCUCCACCAUCUCUUCCUCCAAAACAAAUUAUCGAAACAAAACCUCCGACUAAUAUAGAACAAAUGUUACCUCCAUCACUACCGUUGCCAUUACCAGCAUCAUCUUCAUCAUCAUCACAACCAUCUAUAUCAUCGGAAUCUAACGAUAUCCCACCUACACCACAGCAAACUGUCGCUGUUGAUCCAGUACCUGUUAAACCAAUAACAACAACAACAACUCGCCGAAAACCUGGACGUUCUACGAAAGAUUCUAAAGAUCAAUAUGACGAUGCUGAUCAUUAUUCAGAAGAUAAAUUUGCUGGAUGGAUGCCUCCUGAAAAUGAACAAACAGGCGAUGGAAGAACAGCAUUAAAUGAAAAAUAUGGUUAUUAA